AUGACGGAUAAUAUAAAUAAAUUGUCGCAAAAUCUCGAUAAACGGCAUCAGACAACUGCUUCGAUUGCCAAUCUUACAGAUGAUGAUGUAGUGAAGAUCUGGGAUGCCGUGUCGACGUAUAUCGAAUCUUUUAUGAGACAAUCCAAGGGGGUGUCUAUUCCGGGUUUUGGUACAUUUAGUUUCAUACACAAACGUGUGGAUGUAGGAAAUAACAAGUAUCUACUUCUUCAACGUCCGGUUUUCAUUUUUUCGGAAAAAAUCGCUCAAACCCAUGGUUUAAAAACGACGCAGUAUCCUGUUAAUGGUUCAAUUCCUGUCCAUCCAUUAAAUUAUUGCUUCAUCCAGACACAAUCAGUUUAUACACGGGAUCAAAUUGAUCUUUGUGUUAAACAUGUUCUCCAAAUAUUCAAUCGUUCCAUUGCUGCCCAACGUAAUGUCGAGUUCACCUUCUCAAACAUUGGCAAAUUACAAAUUCGCGAUGGUAAAGUCAAAAUGAGAUUUUUCAAAGAAUUCGUCAGCUCUGUCGAUGAAAAUGGCAAACAUAUUAUUGACAAUAUGUGCAAUAGACCACAAACAUGUGAUUCAGUUAUGUCAGCACGCGAAGCUGCUCGGCCACCAACAUCUUCGAACGUUGUUCUUCCACGACUUAAUAGUCGUGUUGGUAAUCCAACAAUGCAAGUCAUUCAAGAAGAAAGUCAACACGAAGAUGAACAACAACAAGAGACUAGCCGGAAAGAUGAAUUUCAACAAGAAACAACAGCAACAACAAAACACAAUCCGCACGUGGUAAAAACGACUGGACGAGGAUAUUCGCAAGAAGCAAUUAUUCCAAUUGCAUCACUUUUUUCAACGGCUGAUCUCGUUCCACCCACGGCACCCACUCCGGCUCCGCCAGCAACAACGAAAAGAAGAUCUUCAUCAACCACAACUCCACUACGGCGAUCAGUAUCGAUGUAUCAAGGGGAGCCAUCAAAUGAGCCAGUUCCUAUACUACCACGACCAAGCUCUGUUGUCCCUCGUUCCAAACAAGAAGAUCUGCCUUCAUUUAGUUUAUCUCGAUCGGAAACAAGACGCCUUUCAGCUUCCGUUAAUGCUGAUCCUCCUCAAAUGACAUCAUGUGGUCAUUAUGGUAUCGGACAAGACUUGUGCAGUCUGUGUCAUCGACGUGCCAAACUCAACGUACCGGUCUAUUUGCACGAAGAGAAACGUAUACGAGAAGCUGAAGAAGACGAACUUCUCAAUCGAUAUCGAGAUAACAAAGAUAUGGAGGAGCAGAAAAAACAAGAUGAAGCCUCGAAAGCCGCUAGAGAAGAAAGACAGAAAAUUGCAGCUUACAAUUUGGGUAUUGCUGAAGCAACGCGAGCAAAGAAAUUAGACCGAUCUCAAGAACUGGAAAUACCACGUUCGAUUAUCUUUCGAAAACGUCUUCGUACUCCUCCGAGUUACCUUAAACAACAAGACUUCGCUCGGCAAAUCGAAGCACAGAUCAAAUGGCGACAAGAAGAACAACAGACAGAGAAAUUAGACAAAGAUUUCAGCGAACGUCUCGAACAAAUACAAUUAGCUGAGUCAUUGGCACAAGAACGUGAAAGUUACAUACGAAACAAACGUCUUCAACAAGAACAGUUGAAAAGUACAUUACUCAAUCAAAUCCGUAGUAAACCAAAAGAAGUGCCUGAUCAACCUGAUGCUACUCUAUUCGGUCUCAAUGAUAUGUCUACUGAAAAACUACAAGAACGUCGUCUUCACGCAAUCGAUAUUGUUCGUCAACAGAAAGAACUUAUCGAACAACGACAACGACAACAAUUAUUGAAACAAAUUCAAGAGCAAGAAUACGAACUAAAAGCUUUGGAUAUUAUGAAAGAAGAUUUAAUAGGAGAACGUCGUGAACGAUAUCGUCGCGAUAUAAAAAUCCGUAAAGAUUUGGAAAGUGAUUGGAUCAAUGCUAUGGAUGAGAAACACAAACGUGACGAAGAAGAAAAGAUGCAUAUGAAGGCUCCCCAAGGUAUUCUUGUUCACGAACAAUGUGAUGAAUACAGUCGUUGUGCUCAAUGUCAACGAACUUUGGACAAUUAUGGUAAAUCCAACAUUUGGAAAGAUACUCGAGUAUUAGAGAGAAGAACCUCUUACCCAAUGAUGAAAAUCGCCUAUGCAUUUCGACCAUUUCCGGCCAACUACAAACCAACAUGUGAUGCCACAUUACCAGCACCGAUCAAUUGGAAUCGUCCAAUCCAAACGUCUCCCUCGGCUCCAUUAGUAAAUGCUAAACCACAAGCAACAACUAUAUUCGUCAACGGUGUGUCAUACACAGUCGUUCGUUUAUUAGGCGAAGGUCUUCACAGUCGAGUUUAUGCUGCCUACGAUCCUCGCACGACUCAAUCGGUUGCCAUUAAAGUUGUACAAAAUCUCGAUUCAGUCGAUAGUCAGGGACAUUCGAAAAUGUUUUUCAAAGAGAUUCGUUACUUAACGAAACUGCAACCACGAAAUCCGUACGUCAUCCGAGUUUAUAACCAUGAAUUCGAUAGUAAAUCUCAAACGGGCAAGAUCGUCAUGGAAACAGGACAUGACUUUCGUUUCCUUCUGCCAUUACAAGCACCAGCUAGUGAGAAAAAGAUGAGUGUACCACAAGCGAAGUUCUAUUGGCAACAAAUGGUUGAAGCGGUUGCAUUACUUCAUCGAAAUGGGAUCGUUCAUUCAGAUAUCAAACCAGAAAAUUUCAUUUUGACACAAGGUGGACAACUUCGCAUUAUCGAUCUAGGUCUUUCAUUUCGAUUACCACAAAGUCAAGCAUCCGUUCUUAGACCAUUUGCAGGUACACCUGAAUAUAUGCCGCCAGAAGUAUGUCAAAUACAGAAUGGCCAAUAUUCUCAUCAAGGACGAGCAUCAGAUAUUUGGGCACUUGGUGUUCUACUCUUCGAAAUGAUCUUUGGUUAUCGACCAUUCGAACAUGUUCAAGACAACUAUGAUAAGAUGUCAUAUAUAGCUCGACUGAAACACACUCCGACCAUUCCACCAACAACGAAUCCUUAUCUUCGCGAUGUACUUAAACAAUGCUUACAAGUCAAUCCUGUCCGUCGUCCGAGUGCUGACCAAUUAUUGCAACAUCCUUUUUUUACAAAUCAAUGA